GAGUGUGUCUUGUGAAUGUCAUCAUUCAAUCUGGAGCUUUCUUAGUGACUGGUGACUGAGGGGAGGUACUAUGGAGGUACUUCAUUGCAUUUGUACCGGAUUGGCCUCCUAAAAGCGUGUUACACUGCAAUGAGAGAUGUUGGCGUGUUGUAAGCGGUGAGAUGACCUACCAUCUGCUUCCUUUUUCAUGUAUGUGUCAACGAUCACGCACACUCACGAAAACCCUUUAUAAGCAAGGAGCACCUGGACCGAGACGUAGAGUGACUUUAUUUUCUUAUUCAUGUUAUCUCUGAGAAAAAAAAAAUGAUUCAAAUUUCUUCUUCUUUUCGCACGCUGUACUGAAUCCAGGAAGUGGAGCUAGGUCAGAACCCUGUUUGGCAAGCAACAAGCAGCUCUUGGUCCUUAUUGCCUGAUCUUGGAAGAUCUCAGACAAAAAGCAAUACUGAGCCUUGAUUGGGAAGCCUCCCCAGAAAUCAGUUGGAUGAUUCAGAUGGUGUUGAGGGGCUUGUUUUGAGGUGGACCAGACUGUUAAUGAUGCAACUUGAUUGAGCUUAAUUUUUAAAAACAUACUGCUUCCUUUGUUCAGCCACUGUGAGACAUGGCCAAUGACAGUGACAAUAGCUCCACCAGCUCAGUGCGACUGAAAAAGGAGAUCUCCCUGCUCCAUGGAGUCUGCCUGAUCGUGGGGAACAUGAUUGGCUCGGGAAUUUUUGUGUCCCCCAAGGGGGUCUUGCAGUACACAGGCUCCUACGGGCUUUCCCUGGUCGUUUGGGUGAUCGGAGGUGUGUUUUCUGUGUUUGGAGCACUGUGCUACGCGGAGCUGGGAACCACCAUCCGGAAGUCUGGAGCCAGCUAUGCGUAUAUCCUGGAGUCAUUUGGGGGCUUUUUGGCCUUCCUCAGACUCUGGACCUCUCUGCUGAUAGUGGAACCGGCUUGCCAGGCUGUUAUUGCAUUGACCUUUUCAAACUACCUUGUCCAGCCAUUCUACACAACCUGCCAUCCGCCAUACAAUGCAGUGCGGCUCAUAGCUGCUGCUGUCAUAGCUCUCCUCACCUGCGUGAACUCUAUGAAGGUGAAAUGGGGGGCUAUGCUGCAAGUCGUCUCCACUGUGGCCAAGGUUCUUGCCCUGAUUGUCAUCAUCAUCGCUGGCUUGGUCAAGCUUUGCCAAGGGAAAACUGAGAACUUUGAAGAUUCCUUCAAGGAUUCCAAGAUGAAUGUGGGAGACAUGGCCUUAGCCUUGUACUCUGCUCUAUAUUCCUAUUCUGGCUGGGACACCCUCAACUUUGUCACAGAAGAAAUCAAGAACCCAGAACGGAAUCUCCCAUUGUCAAUAGCCAUUUCAAUGCCCAUUGUUACCGUUAUCUACAUCCUGACCAACAUUGCAUAUUAUACUGUGCUCGACAUUGAUACAGUCCUGUCCAGUGAAGCGGUGGCUGUGACAUUUGCUGACCAAGUACUUGGCUUUGUUAAGUGGCUGAUACCAUUGUCAGUGGCAAUAUCCUGCUAUGGAGGAUUGAACUCUUCUGUUAUAGCUGCUUCUAGGCUGUUCUUUGUUGGAUCCCGGGAAGGUCACCUGCCGAAUUUUCUUUGCAUGAUCCAUGUGACGAGGUACACUCCUAUUCCUGCCUUGCUGUUCAAUGGUGGAAUGUCUCUGAUCUACCUCUGUGUGGAGGACGUCUUUCAGUUGAUUAAUUACUUCAGCUUCAACUACUGGCUCUUCAUCGGCCUCUCUAUCGGCAGUCAGAUUUACCUUCGUGUCAAGUUUCCAGACAUGCCUAGGCCUGUCAAGCUGAGCCUGUUCUUCCCUAUAGUCUAUUGCAUCUGCAGCGUGUUUCUGGUGGUGAUGCCUCUAUACAGCGACACUGUUAACUCCCUGGUGGGAAUAGGUGUGGCUCUUUCAGGCGUGCCUGUCUACUUCGUCUGUGUGUACCUCCCACCUGAGAAGCGACCUGCCUUCCUUGAGAGAAUGCUUGAUUUCAUUUCUCAGAACAUCCAGAAACUGUGCAUGUGCUGCCUGACCGACCCUGAACUUGAUCUGGAUGAUAUCUCUGAACCAAAGAAAGAUUAACACCCUACAAGAGAAACUGAAAUUAGCCCUACCUAACUGUGCAGUGCAUUACAAGGCUGUUUUGCAGCCAUCAAUGAUUCAGUAAUUCAAAGUUUAAAUUGGUUAACAGUAUUUACAAAACUUGUCAACUUUUGUUCUGUGCACCAAAAGCAAGAUGUGGGGACUUUUUUUAUUUCUUAAGUGUAAACCCUUGGACAAUCCAGUCAGUUAAAGGAGGGACGUGAAACUUUGUCCAUUUUGCUGAGGUGUUUUCCAUUGUGCUUCAGCUAGUUUAGGUCUCUGCUCCCUGUAGCAGAAAGACACUAGUGAAGGUCUGUCUUUCAGCAAUAGAUUCAAACCACAUGGGCACUGGGCACAGGCUGCUUUGGUUUCCACUUGGUUUGACAAUGAAGGAGUGGCGAUUGGAUUUUUAUAUCUAUUAUUUAUAAGUUGAACAAACUGUAAAUGCCAGAAGGUUUUAUUUUUGAAGGUUGGUAUUGUGGCCUUAUUUGCCUGAAGAUUUAUAAAUUCAGUCCUUCAGUGGGGUGUCAGGUGAAUCAGGUAUUUUCUUUGUAUAUACAUCUGUAUCUAUAUGGAUAUAGAUAAUAUUGUAUAUAAGAAUAUAUUAAUUAUUGCUAAUUAUAUAUACUAUAUAUAUAUUAUCAUGUAAUACCUGCCUCAGAAUGAAUGAGGCACAAGUCUGUUCUGGUUAUAACAUGUUGAGUCUUAUUUUGGGGUGGUUCAUUAAAUAACUGCCUGGUCAGCUGUAAAAUAUUAAUUGGUGGUUAAGUGUGUACAAAGGUUGUAAUUCAAUUGCAUCCACAUUCAGUCACUAAAUGCCUCACAAAAGACAGUAACACAACUAAGGAAAUCCAUUGAAAGGUGGAAAUUGCUUCCAGAAACACUUCACCUUUUUUUAUCAAGUCACAUUGUAGCAUAAAAAAUGGAAUGCAAAGAGACAAAAAGGCUUUACCAAAAAGGUGGUCCUUGUUCUUUCUCAGCCAGCUAAAGCCUAUUCUCUUGAAGGUUGUUAAAGAACUGUGAUGAGAAGUGAGCUGAAAUGGGAAGACACAAGCUAUCUAUCUUUGAAGACAUCCAAGGCCAGGCCUCACUGUGUUUCAGCACUGUUGACUUUUACAAACCUGCUUUGAAAUUAAAACAAAAAUUGAGACUGUUGAACAAGAAUAUUAGAAUUAGAAGAAUAUAGGAAUAUUAUUGAUAAUGCAAUGUGGGUUUCCAGCUGGAACCUCAGGACCAACAAACAAGUCUGUGAGGUGUAAGCACAAGGGAUCUUGGUUUGAGAUACACAUACACCUAAUCAACAACUAAGACAAUGUCAUGUCAUAUUGCCAAGUCAGGUCACUUUUGGGCUUUGUGUAGUUUAGAGGACUGGGUCAUUAAACGGUUCCAAUUCACUAAUUACUCUUCAGAAAAUUUAAAAAUUAGGUUUGUGGAAAAUUUAAUUUUCAAGUGAUAUGGUUACUUGCAUUGUUAAGCGCCUUGGGGCAACCUUGUUGUGAAAAGCGCUAUAUAAAAAUGAAUUGAAUUGAUAGAGUUCAAGGUGGUAAAGGCUUAGUGAAUUGGAGAACCAGAUUUUGGCUAUUGAGUAGGACUGCUGUCACUAAAUGAAUAAGUGCAGAACUGUGGAGAUGUGUAGAAUUGUUACAAAGUAAUGAAAAUUAAUUUGCAUCAGCUACUCUCCUUCCUAUUCACAUAGAAUUACAUUUUGGGCAACUCUUGUGUGUGUGUGUGUGUAUAUAUAUAUAGAAAUAUAUAGUUUGUACUCUUUGCCUUGCCUUAAGAUCAUCUGGGGUUGCCAUAUUUUUCUUAUGAGAGUCAGGCCACAAAGGGGAGGAGACGGUUUAAAUUAAUCAUUUUGGCUUGAAUUGAGAAUUUCUGUAGUGCCUUUCUCUCCACAUACGAAGCUGUUGUCAUAUGUUAUUGUUUAAAACUUUACGGUGCUUUUCAGUUUUUGUAUUAAAAAGUGUCCUUUAAAUUUAAAAUGCAAGAUGUCUUGUAUCAAAGACCAGGAUCUUUUUGAAUCAUAUUCUUGAUAACCCAGAAUGUGAUCUUGACAGUCUUGGUGUAAUGCUUUUUUUAAGUAUACGUUGAGAAUAGAUGUCACUCCAAAAACCAGCAAAUGCACUUCACUGAGUCUCUCAAUUCAGUAAGGAUUUUCUUAGAAAUGGGUAUUAAGACCAACUGAUAUUUCUUAAGAAGUACAGUCCUGUAAAGAGUUUAAGUGUAUUUUGAUAUUUUUAUUGAAAUUAACUACAAAUCUCUGCUUUUAUGAGCUAAUACUGUAUCAAAAUCCAAAACCAACAGUUAUGUAAAAGAACAAACAAAUAAGUCACCAAACUUUGAGUGUAAGGAAAGUUACAUUUGAUCUGAUUAAUGAAUGAAAUUCAUAUGCUGAAAAAUGCAUUUUAUUUCCUGCUAUUCUUACAUCGUUCCCACUACUCUCUCCAGUAAAAGCAGACAUGAAAAAGGGUAGAUGUAUAACAUUGUUUGGUAAAAAACCCUAAUGCAGUUGGAUUUUUAAGGUCAAUAUAGUUCAAGGAUGGAGACACAAACCACCACAUAAACUUGAUGAACAAUUUAUUUUUUAAAAGACAAACAAUUAUUGUAGCAAUUCACACCCUCAUAGGAUAUCAGCUGUUUAAUGUAAUAGCGAUAGUUAUCUUCAUAUAUUCACAAGUUUAGUACAUUUCUUUAAUUGUUUGAACAACUGAACUUUGAAUAAUGAGUAGAACUUACUCUUUUAUAUUAAAAAUAUCUUAAUUAAGGAAUGCCUGGAAAAUCAUUUUAUCUGAUGCUCAUGACAUUUCAGUUUAACCAAAGUGGUAAUUGUGUACCAUGUGCUUCUUGACUUCAACUCUUCAAGUUGUGGAUUUUCAGAAAUUUUUAGAUUUAGAUUUUUUAUACCUCCCAACCCUGCUUUGGAAGCAGCAGGUGUUAAUCAAAGCAGCUUUUGGCAACCUGUUUCAUACCAGCUUGAAGAGCGAUGAAGAUAGCAUUCUCUCAUCCACUGAAAUGUAUGCUGUUAGACCAGCCAUUCCCUAUUACAAUGCAGUCUGGCAUUAACAGCAUGUGUAGGGCAUCAUAGGACCACCAGGGAUCAUUGUUGCACAGCAAACCAGGGAAUGCCAGUCUGACACUGAACCAGGGAUUCCCUUAUGACCCACACACACUCAUUACUUCUGUUCUCUUCAUUGUUUUGCAAAGAUUGUACUGUAAGACAAUGCUUAUUUUACUUCCCCCACAUAAAAUUAUAUAAAUGUAUCUGAUAGUAGGUGUACCUUCACUUGGUGUGUUUCAUAUGUUCUUUGAUACUACCAAUAACAAAAUAAAGUUUACAAACUACAGGAGGCCAUUUGAUCCAGCUAGCCUGUUUCGUAGUAUGUUGCCUCCAAUGUGCCUUUGCAUGGAUAAAGAUCUGUCUACUAUUGUCAGUUAUUCACCAAAGUCAGCCACAUCCAAAAAACAUUUCAGUUAUGAGCUAUGCACCUCUUUCUUAGAAGUAUUUGGUUAAUUAGUAUAGCUUUUCCCUCAUGAGCUAAACAUCUUAAUCUGACAGAAACAAGCUCCUAGAUGUCUACUUUUUUGCAACAUAUGUUCUCAAAGAUUUUAUAGACGUUACAGUUAACUAAGCUUAUGCCUCAUAGGGUGGGUUUUUAUGUUCUUGAAAUAGAAUUUUAAGGUAUAAAUCAGGAUUUGUAACCUAUUUUUUAGUAAAUGUGAUUUUGAUUUGGUGUUACUAGGUAUUUGUACCAUUCUAUUGAAGUACACAACAUGGGUCCAUUAAUUUGGAAGUGACAGUUUCUGUAUAGUGGGCUGAAACCCAGUCCUGUGUUCAAGAACCCCUGUUUCAGUUCACAAGGGUCAAGGCAAGUUCAUGUGAAAAAUCUUCAAGGUACAUACUUGCCUUACUCUUCUACCUCUUGAUGCUGCAUAAUCAUACUUACAGAGCCUUUUCUCCACUUGAUGUGUUCUUAUGAUUCCAGUAACUCCUGUUGUAUUGUUUCUGAGAGUUAUAGUGGUAUAGUGUUUUGUUUAGGAGAGAGUAUCUUGUACUGAACAUUGUACUAAAGUGGUAUUGUUCUUUGUUUAAUCAUUAUUCUGAAUCUUGGAAGUUUUUAAUAAAUCUAGAAACUAAUGAAUAAA